UUGCAAAGGCCCCACAUGAAGACUAAAUCUGCUAAAUGUGCCGCAGCUUGCCUGCGUGACGAGCACUAUGUAAAUUCGAAUAUCAAGCGGAAGAAGACCAGAAAGCUGCGCGGUCAUGUAAGCCAUGGUCACGGUCGUAUCGGCAAGCACCGCAAGCAUCCUGGAGGUCGCGGUAACGCUGGUGGCAUGCACCACCACCGCAUCAACUUUGACAAAUACCAUCCCGGUUACUUUGGCAAGGUUGGUAUGAGGAACUUCCACUUGCGCCGCCAGCACAAGUUCCGCCCCGAGAUCAAUCUGGACAAGCUCUGGUCUCUGGUUGGAGCCGAGAAGUUCGCCGAGCUGGAGAAGGAGAAGAGCACUAAGGCUCCCGUCAUCGACUUGGUGAAAUUCGGCUACUACAAGCUGCUGGGCCGUGGUCACCUGCCCGCUCGUCCUGUCAUUGUCAAGGCCAAGUACUUCUCGAAGAAGGGAGACAAGAUCAAGAAGGCUGGCGGUGUGUGCUUGCUGAGCGCCUAAGUUAAGAUUCCACAUCUACA